CUCUUCAAGAUUUGCUCUUUUCUUUCUCUUCCCCUUCCUCUCCCUCCCUGUGCUUGAAGCUCUCUAGAGAGGUCCCAUGGCAGCCUGUGAGUUCUCGAGGUCCGGCAUGGCCGGAAAAUUGCUCUCUUUCGAGUCCCAGCUCGAUAAGCCGGACACCACCAUUUGCAACUUGGCUCAUGAAUUCUCGCAGGCAUUCAGCCAUGGCCGCAAUGAGACUCAGGCAGAUGAGCUGUGGACGAAGAUGAAGGAAGAAGCCAAGAAAGAUGUGGAGGAGGAGCCUCUGUUGGGUAGUUACUAUGUUUCUGCAAUACUUGCACAUGACACACUUGAGAGUGCCCUAGCCACCCAUCUGGGCUACAGGCUGGGCACACCUUCCCUGCCUGGUCCGAACCUAGCCCAAGUCUUCCAGGCCGUGUUCUCAGAGGACCGCGCCAUCGGGGCCGAAGUCCGGGAAGACCUGAAAGCAAUUAAGGAAAGGGACCCAGCCUGUGUCAGCUACGUUCAAAUCAUGCUCAACUUCAAGGGGUUCCUAGCGAUCCAGGCGCACAGGGUGGCUCACAGGCUGUGGCUCAUGGGCCGGGUGCCAUUGGCCUUGGUUAUCCAAAACAGGGUGUCUGAGGCCUUUGCUGUGGACAUACACCCCGGUGCCCGGGUCGGGAAGGGUGUGCUGCUGGACCAUGCUACCGGGACCGUGAUUGGCGAGACUGCAAUUAUCGGCGACAACGUGUCGAUCCUGCACAAUGUGACACUUGGCGGCACCGGCAAGGUCGUCGGAGACCGGCACCCGAAAAUCGGCGACGGGGUCCUAGUGGGCGCCGGGACGCAUGUAUUGGGCAACGUCAGGGUUGGUGCUGGGGCCAAGAUUGGGGCGGGCUCGGUGGUGCUGAAGGAGGUGCCGGAGAGCACCACUGCAGUUGGGAACCCGGCGAGGUUGCUGGGCGGAAGGGAGAACCCGGUGAAGCUGACCAAGGUGCCCAGCUUCACCAUGGACCAGACUUAUGAGUGGUCAGACUAUGUGAUCUAACAAGGUUUAUAAGACUGGUUUUGGUCCUGGUUAUUUGCUUUUUAUGCUUUCUUCCUUUUCCAAAAGUGGGUGGCGUUGUGCCUCUUUUUCAGCAUCUCGCUGAAAAUUGUGAUAAAAGGAUCUUUGAAUAGAUCCCUCGCUGCUCUUUCCCUUGCUGUUCUUUUCUCCUCCUUGAAAAGUGUU